UUCAAAAUCCUUGUGUUCCUCAGUCCUCCGUCCAACACAUAAAGCAGAAACUGAGAGAGGAAGGAGGAUAUGGCUUCUCAUUCUCCUCCUUACAUGUCCUCUCUGUUAGCUCCUUCACCCAAACUUCCAACGACCUUAUCUACCCUUUUAAACCUCCCGCCAAGCCGGUUCCCGCGGGCUGGUAACACAAUUUCCAGCAGAGGCAAGUUCAAAUGCUCGGCUGGCCAGACCGGAUUUUUUACGAGGCUAGGCCGUCUGAUCAAGGAGAAAGCGAAGAAAGAUGUCGAGAAGAUCUUCUCUGGUUUCUCCAAAACGAGAGACAACCUCGCCGUCAUCGACGAGCUCCUCCUCUACUGGAAUCUUGCCGAUACUGAUCGAAUUUUAGACGAACUCGAAGAGGCUCUGCUGGUAUCUGAUUUUGGUCCGAAGAUCACGAUUAAGAUUGUGGAAAGCUUGAGGGAGGACAUUUAUGCCGGGAAGCUUAAAUCUGGAACUCAAAUUAAGGAUGCUUUGAAGAAAAGUGUACUUGAUUUGCUAACUAGCAAGGCAAAUAAGACUGAACUUCAAUUGGGAUUCAGGAAACCGGCUGUAAUCAUGGUUGUUGGUGUCAAUGGAGGCGGGAAGACGACAUCUCUUGGGAAGCUUGCUCACAGGUUAAAGAAAGAAGGGGUUAAGAUACUCAUGGCAGCUGGUGACACAUUCAGAGCAGCUGCUAGUGAUCAGCUAGAAGUUUGGGCUGAAAGAACUGGAUCUGAGAUAGUUGUGGGUGAAGGCGAGAAGGUCAAAGCAUCAUCAGUUCUUUCUCAGGCUGUAAAAAGAGGAAAACAAGAAGGUUUUGACGUUGUUUUAUGUGACACAUCUGGACGUCUACACACAAACUACAGCUUAAUGGAAGAAUUGAUUACAUGCAAGAAGGCUGUUGGUAAAGUCAUUCCUGGUGCACCAAAUGAGAUCCUUCUAGUUCUCGAUGGUACAACUGGUUUGAAUAUGCUGCCACAGGCCAGAGAAUUCAAUGAUGUUGUUGGAAUCACAGGUUUAAUCUUGACCAAACUAGAUGGUUCUGCUCGAGGUGGCUGUGUGGUCAGUGUGGUUGAUGAACUUGGUAUCCCCAUAAAGUUUGUGGGAGUCGGCGAAGGUUUGGAAGACCUCCAACCAUUUGAUGCAGAGGCCUUUGUCAGUGCAAUUUUCUCUUGAGGUCUAAAAGCGGUAAGAGUAUUUGUUUUAGAAACAGCACUCAAGGUGCCUCUUCUUUAGAGUCCAAGUUGCUGAGCAGGAGAAAAAUGUGAGAAGAAACCAUUCAGAAUUGAGGAACCAGAAGCGCAUCUUGUACCUGGGAAGUGAAAGCAUUGACCACAAUUAUCAAGGCAGGAGCGAAUAGUGGCUUCCCGCCUCUACAUGAUCUUAACUGGUAUUGGACAGAGUCUUAUUAGAGAUUUCAGAA